AUGGUACCCUCACAGUAUUCUGGCCUCUCAAACCGAGGCAUUUGGCGGCGUUGUUUUAAAAAGUCAUAUGGACUUGUAGCAAGACUUUUACCGACGCAGAAAAAUCUCAUGUCGGAAAAGGUUUUUACCAGUCCACACCCUCUCUACGUGAGUUUUGAGUUGGUCAUAAUACUCAAAGCCAUUGAUUUGAAAUGGAUAUAUUUGCCUCAGAACGAGAAUCUUAUAUGCCAGCAAUUGUCACAAAGUAUACACCUUUACAACCAGCUUGCGCUCUAUAUGGUAUUGGUUGAACAGGAUUGCGUAUAUAAAAAGGAACCACGCUCGCCUUAUAUUGACCUUAUGUUAGAUCCUUGUAUGGUCAGAUUAUAG